CCAGCAGCCAGGAUGCCUGCUCGCUGCCUGGCCUGCCAUUGAGAAGUACGCGGUGGAGAAGGAAAGUGCGCUUUUUUGUUCACUGCUCCGGACGACGUCGAACGACGAUAUCUAAUUAGUCAGCAUCGAGCGCGGCGGCGGUGGUGAGAUCGAUCGGGCGGAAAGCACAGUGCAAGCACAAAGGGCGGCGGCGGCGAUUGAACAAUCGAAUCGAUCGAAGGAACAACCGAAAAGCAAGCAAAGGAGUGUGUGAGUGCGCAGUGAGGCGGAGGAGCCGGGUUACAAAAAUCAUCUGGGGUGGCGCAGCAUAAAGGGGUUGUGAAGUUGCUUUGCUUGAAACCACGCCAACAUGAGCGGUUGGCCUGCUGUGUGGGGAAGCCCACUGCUGCUGCUGCUAAUCGCAGCAGCCUACGGAAAUCGUGAGCAUAAGGUCCACAACAUCGUGCUCUACCCGGAUAAGCACUCGUGGUGUUCCACGCGAAACAUAAGCCAGGUGAUCAGUUACCCGGGCUGCAAGCAGGUAACGAUCGAUAACAAUGUUUGCGUGGGAGCCUGCUUCAGCUACUCGAUUCCCCACACGGAACCGUCCGACCCGGGCGAAGUGAUUGGGCCGUACUGUGACAGCUGUCAACCGUCGGAAACCACGUGGCAUCAUGUGACCUUGGAUUGUUCGGAAAAUUCCAGCAACAAUAAUGACGAGGAAUCGAAGCCGGCCGUGCUUGUGAAGAGGGUGCAGAUUAUUAAGAACUGUUCCUGCACAUCUUGCGAGAAGCAAACGCAUAAGAAGCAUCACAGUCAUCAUCAUCAGGACUACCAAGUGACGCAGGUGCCCUCAACCACAGCUUCCCUAAUCCAGAACGACAUCCCGGAACUGCUGGAAGUCGUUCCCUACAGUGAAAACGAUACGGAACCCAUCCACCACUCACCGAUUCACUCGCACCAAAGCGGAACUCACGGCACAACGUACAUGCAACAGCACCAGCUCAACCACUACGAGCACAACAGUCACACCGAGAACGUCAAGAAGCUACUGCACCAAAAAAUCACCGGUCUCCUCAAGAGCAUCGAGGAGACCAACUCCAAACCGGAUCGCGAACAGCUCAUCGAGAUGAUCAAACUGAUCAAGGGCUCGAGCGAUCGCAACUGGGACGACCUGAUGGAAAAUCUCCAGUCCGAGAACGCCAUCUUGGACUUUGACCGACUCCGGGCGGAACUCGAGACGGAGGAGGACUCCCCUCAAAUUCACGUCAAGCCGCAACCCUCCGAGCAGCAGCAGGAUCACGAACGGCUGCUGAAGCAUCAGUUCGACAUUCUGAACCAUCAUCCCCACGGUGGGCACCACGCCCACCAUCACCAUGCCGGCGACAAACUGGACGAGCAUCACCAUCUGCAGCGGGGACCGCACGGUUCGCUGGUCAUCACCUCGGACGAGCACGAAAUCAAGGAAAAGAUCAACAUCCACUCGCACGAGCUGAAACCGAACCACGCCGGAGCGAUCCUAACCUAUGACAACCAUCAUAGUGACCACGGUAAAAACCAUCACCAUGGAAACACCGCCGAUGGCGGACAGGUCGCCACGCCGCAAAAUUGAGCCUACUGCGAGCGAUAAUUCGAAACGUUUUUGUUUAUAAGCUUCUAGUCGUUAGUGAUUUUUUUCUUUUUAAAUAUUUUCACAAAUUUAGCUUCCGGAAUGGACGGUGUUUAACCGAUUUAGAGUUUUUAUUGUUUUAUCCACCAACAGCAAGAAAAAGAAAAUCGUGUGUUUAUAUUUAACCUCCCCCCAUCAGCACACGUACAGCAAACGUAUCAGAUCCACACUGUACUAGGUAAAGAUUCUACAACCCCCGUCCCAUAAGUUAAUAUUUAUUAUUUUAUUAUUUUCUGUUGGAAAGCUGGUCUCUAGAACAGAAAGGAAAGUUAGCCGAGAGCGGAUGUAUGUUCAAAUCUAAUUCUAUUACCAAACUAUUAUCACCACAUACCUAACAACCAUAGAUUGAAUAUCGGUAAGAAAACAACAAUGGGUGCCAUUUGGUUUGUUUGGAUGCCUUUAGGAGAAUAGCCAUGUUUAGGUUUAACGUUUAGAAGAUGUGAUCGUCAAAAUUUAGCAAGUCAAAUUCGUAGAAAUAAAGAUGAGUGUGAACUC